UGCCAAGGUGCCUGGAAAUCAAACUCCUAAUUCAAACCAUCAUUCGCCACCUUAUGUUACGAGAAGUAUGUGGACUGAAAAGUCAAUGUUACUGUUGAGUUAUUACUAUACGGGACACUGGCUGGUAGCUGUUGUACUAGAGCUAUUUACAUUUCAAUGUUAAUAAAAUAAUAAGACUACAGAAGUAGAAAUGAGUUCUCAAAAACGAAAGCUUCCAGACUCCCCUUCAACACAACGAUUUAGUCCUUCUCAGAGGAUUAGGACGUUGUCAAUAGAGGAUAAAGGGUCAGUGGUAAGAAAUGUAUUCGGCGAUUUAACCAACAGAACGAGCAGCUAUGCCCCGGCAACAGAGAUUAAAGAGUCCAUCAAAGACAACCAAGAUGAAACUUCACCUAUGAUUGUCAUACCCAGUGAUACGGAAUCUGAUGAAAACAUUCCUUCUUUGAAACCGAGAGUUGACAAUAUCAACAUCAGUAGAGAGUCGUGUGACAUUGCAACUACAUGGGAAUGUCAAGGUUUCGCGGACUUUUUCGAAGUUAAAACUUAUUGUGACGACGAAAUACUUGGUGAUCUGUUUCAAAUGGAGGAGCCAUACUUUAAAAUUGAAUCACCUAAUCCUACUAAAUACUAUCACGUUGAUGUUCGCGCCUGGAAUAGUUCGAGAGGUUUUUCACCCACAAUCACUUCGGAGAAGCUCAGGAUUUGCAAGGAGAUUGACAAAAAUGUCUUCUUAGACGAAUUGCGACCUUUAAGAAAAGGCUACAAAGUCUAUGAAGGAUAUUUGGCAGGGGCUUCCCCAAAAUUGGAAAAAGUUGCAAUCAAAUUACUAGAUGUGAUGGAUCAAGAUAGGUUGCAUAGAGAAAUAGAAAACAACCAGAAACUGGUUUGCCAUUCUAACACAGUUCUUUAUAGAAAAUCGGGCAAAAUAGAUGGAAUUGGGGGACAGUCUAUCUAUAUUGUUGUUGAGCUUUGUGACACCGAAACACUAUGGGAACUGGUAUCGAAAAAAUCACUGGGAAUGGACCCAAAAGAUGUCCUGAAGCAGAUAAUGCAAGGACUACGCCAUAUUCAUAGUAAUGAGAUUGCUCAUAGAGACCUGAAGCCACAGAAUAUCUUGCUCUCUCAAGAUAAAAAAAAGUAUAAAAAUUGCUGAUUUUGGACUCAGUAAGGAGAUUAUACCAAACAAAUCCAAAUUUUCGAAAUCUGGAAGAGAGAUUGGCACUGAUGGAUGGGGUUCACCAGAGCAUUACAAAGGAAAUACAAUGUCUUAUAAAUCGGACAUUUAUUCUGCUGGACUCGUGUUUUAUUUCACAUUGUCGGAUGGUAGGCAUGUCUUUGGGGAUGAAGAACACAGAUGGAAGUCCAUGAUAAUUGAUGGGGUUGUUCCUCCUCUUAAUGAGAUAAAUUGUGUGAAUGCUGAAAUGGCAAAGGAUUUGAUAAAGCAAAUGAUCAGUUUCAACGCAGAUUCUCGUCCGACUGGCGAUAAAGUUUUAUUGCAUCCCUACUUUUGGACAAGCAACAAGAAAUUGGAUUUUUUGAAUGAAGUGAAGAAGUAUUUGUAUCCUUUUAUUAUUUAUAAAAAGGCAGAUGGUAUUGGAGAGCAUAUCAUAAAGGAAAUUCAGAGACAAAGCACAAUUUUUAUGCACCCAAGCAUUGGCAAGCAAUAUAGCAAGCCUGACUGGCUUUGGUUAAUUCAACAACGAAAUCGGUUAAGUAUGACACCAGAAGCAUUGUUUGAACUCGAAUCAAUAGCAAAUGGGGGUUUCAGAGGGAGGAAAUAUAAUCUCUCAUGUCCAAUUGAUUUGAUUAGAUUCAUUCGAAACAUUGAUGAGCAUUUUCAAGAAAAUAAGAAUUUGGCAACUAUGCUUAAAUCCAGAGAAGAUGUGUGGAACCUGUUUUAUGAUCGAUUUCCGAAGCUUUUCUGCGUUGUCUACAAUUCUUUUUUGGACAAAAUGAACAGUGCUUCUCGUGCAAUUUUCCCCAGAGAGCUACAAAGUUAUUUUUGAUGUAGUUGUGUACCUAAUUACAGCUCAUUUAGCUCUGCCUUGGUGUGGGUGGAUCCAUAUGUACUGAUUGUAUUGAGUGCUUCAAAACUUUCACACACGAUUACUUUGUAAACUGCUUGUAUGACGAAGUCAGCAAUGCUACUGAAUAACAUUUGUAAAAGUGUGAUAAAACAAGACUUUUGUUCCAAUCAUUUAGAGUGAAUUUCCGGACGGGAAAGUAAAUCUUAAUGAAAUGAAAUUCCAUCUGCCGUCCAACUUAACCAGUCGGAAUAAUCUCAUACAAAACAGCAAGUGUCAGUACUGCUAUUUUUCACAUGUAAAUAGUACGUGAAAGGUUAGAUUUAAAUUGUAAUAUCGCAGACUAGACCUUGAAAUUGUUCAAUUUAUUUUUUAAAGUUUCAUCUUCAAUAUUUUUUAUGCUUUCCACUGUACUGAUUUGUAUAGUAACUAGCUUGCUAUACUUCAACAAGCUAGGUUGAGGCAAAAUCUUAUUACAGUGAUACCACGUUGGUGGAACGACUCGAUACUCGAACAAUUCGGUAGUCGAACAAGAAAUUCUAGACAAAAGUGCUCAAGAGGAAAUUUGGUGCUCGAACACCCAAGCGCCGCCUAGUGAUAUGACGUCACCCAAACUGUGCAUUUUGGCUGCCUCUUGACUAUUCAACAAGAGAAUGAUACUCAAAUAUAUGGAAACGAAGGCCAAAACAGAGUAGCACCGGUAUGCAAUAUGUCACGGUAGACUACCGGUACGAUUAUCUUCAUGACUAACAUGGAAGCGAAACUGCCACAAGGCCUGCUAUUUUUGACAACGUCAUCACACACAAAAAGCAAAUUCCAUAGAGCCCACAUACCGUAAAUUUGCUCAAACGUCCAGUAACAAAAAUCCAGAACGAAUUAUGUUCGACUACCAAGAUAUCACUGUACCGUACUAAACCCUAAAAUUGUUGAGUGUUUUUUAUUCCGAGUUUUUGCGUUUAUUAUUAGUGUUCAAACUUUCCAAUGUACUAACAUUUACUUAUGAAUGUAUAAGCCAUGUAUUAGCAUUUUUAUUAUUUUGCAGAGGAUAUAACAGUUUUAAAUAAUUUGGUAAUUUUACAUUACAGAAUUAUAUUUGGUAUUUAUAAUUAGCUGACAUGUACUGACACAUAAAAUGUCUUUUAUUAAUAAGACAUAAUCAAUUUGUAAUGGAAUUUAUUUAAGACUGUUUAGUGUGUUUUUCUCAUAAAUUGUUUUUUUAUUAUUUCAGUGUGCAAGCUUCGCAAUAUGCUAACAUUUACAGCUAUUUUCCAACGUAUCAACAUUUUUAACGUUUGGUUAAUUUUUAUCUUUCAGAAUUACAUUUGUAAUUUAUAAUUAGCUUCCAUGUGCUGUCUUUCAUGAAAAGCCUAGUACUCUUCGAUCGGGUCAUGUUCACAACACGACGUAAGUAGGCUACUUCUAUUUGGCGUGGCAUAACCAUUUAUACAUAUUAUGUUAUUCCUAACCCCCACCUGACUACGUCAUUGAAAAAAUACGUCACUGCGAUGACACAGUAACGUAAUAAAACCCUCCAAACUAUACUAACUGUCAUCCAAGACACACAGACGAUCACCCGAAAUUGACCGAGCUAUUUUUCUCGUCGUAACCAGAUAUGAGAGAGUUAGUCAUCGUUGGCGAAGAUGCCAUUUUGUGUGAUCGCAGCUAUCCUUUAACAAACUUUCGACGUUAUUGUGAGGUGGUAGUGACCUAAUCUUUGAAAGAUAGAUCCAGGUGGGGAUUAGGAAUAACAUAUGCAAAAUUGUUGUGCCAUGCCAAAUAGAAGUAGUUAGAUCGUUUAGUGAACAUGCAUCCUUCAAUCAUAACUUACGCACAUUUAUAUUUAUGCUAUUUAUUGAAUAGAAUUUUUGAGCAAUUUGUAAUUUUUGUAUUUCAG